GAUCUCAUUAUAGAUGGUUGUGAGCUACCAUGCGGUUGCUGGGAAGAGGGAGUGAGUGAGAGAGGUGAGAGAGAGAGAGAGAGAGAGAGAGAGAGAGAGAGAGAGAGAGAGAGAGAAGGAAGGAAGGAAGGAAGGAAGGAAGGAAGGAAGGAAGGAAGGAAGAGUGGUUGUGGUCAUGGUAUCUCUUUACAGCAACAGAAACUCUAAGAUAGAAGUUGGUACCAGGGACUGGAGUAUAGCUGUGAUAGGCCAGACCAUGCUUUUGUUUGGAGGAAUGUAGACUUUGGUACUCUGGGUUAGAAAAGCAGUGGAAUGUUUUAAGUACUGCUUAAUGGGUCAUACUAGUAGGAGCAUGGAAGACAGUGGUGCUGAGCAUUAUGAGGUAAAGAGUUUUGCAUUAAUUCCAUUGGCAGAGGAAAUCUCAAAAUAGCCCAGUAUAGCCUCUGUCUUACGGUUAUUAGUGUUAAUUCUGAUGAAGAUUUAUAAUGAAAAGGUGCAAGCUGAGCAGGGAAAUUACAAAAUGUAAAUUUUAAGGAGAAAAAGAACACUGGGAAGUGGACUGGAGAUAAGUCCUGUGUUCAAUGAGAUAAAUGGAUUAAGAAAUGGAAUAAGAGCCUGAGGGCGGGGCUGCCGGGCAGCGUGGGGCGGCGUGGCGCAGCGCACUUAGCUGGCUUUGCAGCGGGUGAGCCGGUGAGCCAGGCCGAUGGCGGUGACUACAGCCCUGUCUGCUGCAGCGGCGGCUGCGGCUCUAUCAGGCCUGGCAAUGCGACUGUCGCGUUGGGCGGCGACACGCGGCUCCUACAGCGCCUUCUGCAAGGGGCUCACGCGCACGCUGCUCACCUUCUUCGACCUGGCCUGGCGGCUGCGCGUGAACUUCCCUUACUUCUACAUGGUGGCCUCGGUGAUGCUCAAUGUCCGCCUGCAGGUGCGGAUCGAGUGAGCCGUCGCCCGGCACCACGGCGGCCCCUCGGGCGGAGAGCGCCAUCCGCGCCACCCGCGCCAGACGGCCGCCGGGAAGGACCGUGGGGCCCCGCAGUGCCCAGAGACCGCGGCGGGGGGCGCAGGCGGGACGGCCCGGACCCCUCCAUCUUAGGUCUCCUCCGCGGAGGGCCCCAGGUACCAUAUCCCAUACCGCAAAAAACCUUCACAGCCGAGUCCUUUUCCACUGCAUCCAGAGAAUCACCAGAGUCUGGCAAACCUGUUGCCUCCCAUUGGCCAGAAAGGGGGAACACUCGAAAGAGGGGAUGCUACCGCAGGAUUUACCAGGCCCUGUGCAGGAAGGCUCCCUGCAGCACCUGCGAUCACACUCUCCAGACCCAGAAGCCCAUCCACCAGCCAUGAGCAGCCUGGCAGCUGUGUACCACAGGAUCUGGGGAAGUGGUCUUGCUCUUCUAGGUGAUGGCUCACCACUUCUGAGAUCAUUUCAAGAUGGAUCCCUACAUAGAGAUGUCUGCUGCUGUUCCUGUAGCAGCCCGGGGAGCAGCCGAGUGAAGAGCCUACCUAGAAGAGGAAAGGCCCUUCUGGUAGAGGCCUAGAGGGGUGGCGUGGCUCGGGUCUUCUGGCCCUUCCAUAGAAAAGAUACCAGUGUACCUUGGGCACUGAUAUCUCCUAGCAACACUGUGAGGGAGAGGUAUUCUCCCACCUCAGGAACUCAGCGGGGCUCAAUGCAAGGCGUGGGAUUUGCCCUUGUUACACAGAAUAGUGGGGAGCUUGGCCUGCCCUGGACCUCCAUUCCCCCACCUCCUCUGCAGUCUUCUUUGUGACCUGGCAGGACAUUGGGGUUGGGAGGGAGUAGAGAGCUGCCAGGGGACCUAGGGAGAAAGAGAGACCAUGGGGUAGGGAAGCUGGGCAUCUUCCUUUCCUGGGAGUGGUCUAGAAGACAGGCCAGUAGUUGAGUUCAUGAACAGAGAGGAAGGUUCGAGAACUUCCUGAAAUGUCUAGUCCUCCCUGCCUCUCUGGUGCUUGACCAAGGGCUCCUGAGCAGUUGUGUGCUAGUGGACUGCAGAUGUGGUUCAUGGGAGGCUGAGGAACUACGGGCUGAAACCCAUGGUUUGUAUGGCCCUGUUUUUGUUCCCAGGCUUGCAGCCCCAUCCCUAGCAUCACAUGGGAAAAAUCUCCUCCAGAUAGGUGGAGGACAGUCUGUCCAGGAGGCCCUGCAUAGGCUAGAGUCUCCAAAUGCCCAAGGACAGCCCAAGGGAUACUUUUACUACUUAACCAACAUUCCCCCAGCUUUUCUGAUGCUGGUAUCUCAAGGUCCGUGCAUUCCAUUCCUGAUGCAGAAACCUUCAGCAUGCCAGCCAGCCCCAGGGACAGAGUGACCCAUCUGCCUACUUGGAGUCAGAGACCCAAAUGGAGAUCUGUCUCAGCUGAAGGACACAAGCUGAAAGGUGGCUGCUACAUGUUCUCCGCUCUUUGCCAUAGCCCAGGACCCGAUGGUUUCCUUCUGCCAAGUCUUGCUGAGUAGUCUGUAUAUGUAUGUUUGAAUGCAUGUGUGCACGCCUGUGUGUAAACAUGUGUGAUGGAGAUGGAGCUGUUGGGUAGCGACAAGAGCUCCUGGGAAUCUCCUGUUUUCUGUGUACAGGAGGGAUCAUGGACUACUUGGAGAAAUGGGUAUGGAGUCUGAGGCCCUGCCAGGGAAGCCCCUCCCUGCUCAUGCUCAGGCAUGGACUAUGGUGUGAGGUCAGAGGCACUGGCAUUGGACUGGAUUCUGGGCCCAGUGGCGUCAGUCAGGAGACGGGGAUAGAAGGAGGACUCAGCUUUGUGUUCCUGUCCCAUUCUGGCCCUGAGUAGUCUGAGCUUCUGCGUCCCCCCCCUCCCCCUGGGCUCCUUUUGUUCCUCCAUGAUGCCCUCGCUGUGUGAUGGGGUGGUGAUGCACUUUAUUUCCUUGCAGUCUGCAUUGCAGGCUGCGGAGCUUCGAUCAUUUUGGAGACUUGACCUGGA